GUUCAAUAAGGGCUGUCUUCCUUCAUUUUUUUUUCCACUGCCAUGGAAACCAAAAAUGACCUUUUUUAAGAUCUCCACUGAACACAGAAGAACUUCAGAAAAUUUAUAGCUGCAUUCUGUAACUUUCAUACCGGACCAACAUUUCCUGUAUUUGAUGUGGUUCUUACACUCUUAAGAUACUGACACCAGAGAGGAAACCCCUUCCAGGUUUCCAUGCUCCAGGUCAAUCCCACCUCUCUGCAGCAUCCAAGUGCUGAGGUGAGGGAGUAUGCCUGUGCCAGUAUUUCCAAGCUGUUGCAGCAGAAGCAUGUCAUCCCAGCCUUUGUGCAGAGGGACGUGGUGCGCUGUCUGGGGCCCUUGCUGAUGGAUCACAGCUUAGCUGUGCGGGAAACAGCUGCAGGCGCUCUCCGAAAUCUGAGUGCUUGUGGAGGAUUUGAUGUCUGUGAUGACAUGGUGACAAAUGACAUCAUGACACCCCUGGUUGCACUUCUGAAAGAGUGCAGCACUGGACUGGAUGCUAACCAGCUCUCUCCAAAGAAAUGCCAAGAGAUGAACAAAAAUUAUAUUGAAGACAUUGCCAAUGAAGCUGUUAAUUUGCUGUGGAAUAUAUGUGAAUGCAACAAUACUGCCCUAUAUAUAUUCAAUAAAGAAGGAUGUCUGGAGGCUGUGUUACAUUACAUGAAGAAAUUCGCCACAAAUGUAGAUCUGGCUAUUUCAGUAGCAAACUGCUUGCAGGCAGUGACAGAAGAUAAUCCAGAUCUUCUUUCUUCAUUUAAUACUUCUGCACAACAAAUACUGGAAACAGUGAUGUUGUGUCCAGAGAGCACCAUGAAGCACAUCCUUCUGAGAACUCUGAUAGCAGGCACUAUCUGGAAUAUAAAGGAUACCAUCCCACCAGGAAGCCUGGGAAGCACAGUUAAUGCAAUCCUGAAGAUAUUUUCGGAAUCUUUGGCAAUAGAUGCUGGAGAAACAAUUAUUCGUAUGAAUGAAGCUGAAAAAAAUAGGUUAAAACUUGCUGUGGAAGUAGAAACUGAGGAAAACAUGAGUGAUACUACAGAAAACUGUGUUUUGAGUGAAGAUGAUAACAUGGAAGAAGAACCAAAAGGAAAACUCAGAAGAGAAAAUGAUGUUUCAGAUUUACUUCCAUCUGAUAAGUGGGAACUGAAAGAAGUGACAGCUUUACUGACGGCUCAGCAGACUGCUCUGGAAAUCAUUGUUAAUAUGUGCUGCAGUGAAGAUCCCUCCGAUGACGAGUGGGAAGAGCUCUCCAGCAGUGAUGAGAGUGACUUGUUCAUGGAAAGCUCGUACAACGAGGGGAGUGGGCUGCUGCUGUCACCCCUGUGCCUUUCUGAUGAGGUGAACUCUGCAUUUCUGAACAACCUCAUUCCCAAGAAGAUUCUUGAAAAAACUGCUUUUCCGAACAGUGUUGCUCUAGACAUCUGUAUGCAAAAUCCGUCUUGGAAACCAUUAAUUAAAAAACUGAAUGCAGUGCAGUGUAGAGCUUUAACAUGUCUUCAGAGCAUUUUGUUGGUGUCAGAUGUGGAUAGUCUUGGGGGAGCUUCAGCACUUCAGUCCCUUGCGCAGCAUCUCUCACAGCUGAUCUUUUCUAAAGCAGAACUCCCUAAAGACACAGAAUUCUUGGAAGCUGUAACCAGUGCUUUGAGGGCUCUCCUACAAACAAUGGCAUCAAAGAACAUCUCCCAGUGUAUGACUCCUGAGCAGCUAUUGGCUUUGUGUGAGGCUGGUAUUCAAAGCAGCAAUGCCAGUGUUAGAGUGAAUGUGGUGAGCAUCCUUGGAAUUUCUGGCAGUGUCCUGGCAAAAGGACAAGAUACAGCUGAAACACUGAAGAUGAUUGGAAAAUUUCUUCUUGAGGUUGCUAUGAAGGAAUCUUCUCUUGUGGUAGCAGGGGAAGCCUUGGAUGCACUUUUUGAUGUAUUUGCAGACGGUAAAGAAGCAGAAAAGGCGGCGUUACAGAUCAAGUUGCUUCCAACACUGAAGGAAUUUCAACCAGUGUUCAGAAUGAGGAUGCGAAAAGAAGGCAAAGGACAAUAUAGUACAGAUCAACUGUGUGUUCUUGACAAUGUGAAGAUGAAUUUGAGAAGAUUCAUUGCAUAUCAGGAGACACUAGGGAAAACCCCAACUUGAAACACUGAGGAACUUUUAAGGUUUUCCUUAUUAAGAAAUGUUUACAAAAAAUAUAACUGUUUUGAACUUCCAAACUUUACUGAGCAGAGCAGUUUUGCAUUGAUGUUAAUGCUACAUUUUAUGACAUUCAGUAUUUUUAUACUUUUGGGUUGAUGCAAUAUGAAAGACAUAUGAGCAUCAAAAACCCCAUGGCAUACCCUAAGAUUGUUGCAGUGAAAAGAAGGUGCUCUUUAGGUCCUGAGAUCUGUACAUAGCACCACUGUCAUUGCCUGGAUAUUGUCAUGCGCCCUGGCAAAAAACUACACUUGCAUGAAAAAGUAAUUCUGAAAAUGUUCUUGUCAUGUGACAGAUUGGAGGGGGGGAAAAAAAAAGUAAAAACUCAAGAUCUAUUUCAGGGUAUGGAGCAGUGGGAGAAUGUUCAUAUUUGCUGUUUGCUCUUACCUGUUCCUAGAAUUGCACAGACACUUAUGGCAGACUUCCCAAAAGAAGUGUGUGACAAACGUGUAGAUUUAUCAUUUAUGAUAAAUUCAGUAUGCUAGCUUUUUGCUGUGAAAAUCCACUUAAGCAGAUUCUACACUUAGACACAACUCCCUGUCUUUAUUUUGAUUAGUAUUUCUGAAAAUUAAGUCUCCUAUUUUACAGUCUUCCUUGUAAUUCUACAUCAGCAUGAGCUUGAAUUCAGGGAAGUAGUAAACCUAACAGAAAGUAUUUUUUUAUACUGAGGUAUUACCUGAAGUAAAUUUAUAUUUGCUUAAAAUACCUUUUGGUGAUACUUGUGGUGGAGAUUUUUAAGCUGUAAAAACCAGAAAAUAUUUUUUAAAAUAUCAUUGUUCGAUGCAAAUUGUAUGAUAUAUUCCAUAUAUCAAAGCUUUGGUUUUGUUUCUGUGAGGCCUCUUGUACACAUUUUUCAAGAAAAAAACCCACAGCUAAACACAAAAGCAUUUUUUGAAACAAGAGGUUUUUUACUCCUCUCUCUGUGUGCUGCCUUAGCUCAGGCAUCCAGUUUUUGGCAGAUUUUAUCGCAUGUUAGAAGCAUGGAACUUAGAAAGACCAAAUUUGCUCUGUUUGUUAGAUUUCAGUCUCUAAGAUUGGAAAGCAGACUUGAGAACUGACUGGUAACUUGCAAAUGACUGACUCUGAAAUCCUGACCAGAUAUUUUGUCAAAUGCAAGAGGAAGAGAAGUUUAAGCAGCUGUACUGCCUGAAAGUGCUGUCACUGCUGUUACUUCUCAAGAGUCAGAUGAAAUGUGUGAUGUGAUACCUGCUAGCCAAAGGAGUGAGAGGGUGGAACUGGGGGGGCUCCGGGGCCUUUGAGGCUGUACUAGAGAAAACCAGGAGACGUCAAGAGCAUGGAGUGGACGAGAGGUUAUCCAGGGAUUUGGCAGGGCAGGCAGUGAAGAGGUCUGGAGUGUAACAGCUGAGGAAAGGUGGAUUAUGGCAUAAUACCCUACAGUGUGUGGAUUUUAAUCCUGGUGUUAGUUAUACUUGCUGUACACUGAGCACACUGUACUGUCAGCCUGAUGAAAGGUAUUGAUAUUUUUUUGGAGCACUUAAAGGACUUCAUGUGGAAAGUUCUGCUCUCAUUUUCUGGGUGCUACGUUGAAUUGCAGGAUGUUCUAGAUUGGAAGGGAUCUCUGGAGGUCUCAGUCUAGUCCUCUGAUCAAAGCAGGGCUGACUUGGGAGACAGGUUGUGCUAGGCCUUGAACAUCUCCCAGAAUGGAAAUUCUGGACAGCAUUUUUCAGGGCUUGACUGUUCUCACUGGAAACACGUUUUUUUCCCUUUUCCCCUUGUGCCUUGUAGGACUUCUCCCCUGCUGCAAAAUGUGCCUCUUGUCCUUUGACUGCACACCACCAAGAAGAGCCUGGCUCCAUCUCCUAACCCCCACUUGGCAGCUGAAAACAGCAAUUGUAUUUCCCUCUUCCCCAGGCCAAAUAAACCCAGCUCUCUCAGCUGUUCCUUGUACGCCCUCUCACCCUCCAACCAUCUUACUGGCCUUCUUCUUGACCUUCUCUGUCUUGUACUGAGGGCCCAAAACUGAACACACUUCUCCAGAUGUGAUCUCCUAGGUGCUGAAUAGAGAAGUCAUUGGUUUUCUUGUCCUGGUGCCCAUGCUCCUGCUAGUACAGCCUGUUAUUUGUUAGCUGUUGUCACUGCUGCCUUCAACUUACUGUCCACCAGGACUUUUUUGGGUCCUUCUCUACAAAGCUGUCUUUUGGUCAUUCAGUCAAGAGCACUGUCACAAAUGUAGGACUUUGCAUUUUACAAGUGUAGCAGCCAGAAUCUGUUUCCUGGGGACUGUUAGAAAACCGAAGUAUGUUAUUUUUUGUUUUGGGUUUUUCUUUCAGGUUGAUAAUGACAAGAAACAUUUCAUGUACAAAUACAAAUCUGAAAGUUGCAGAUAUACAGAGGAUAGGGCACCCACUAGAAACAUGGUUUUCUUAAUAUAUAAAUCAGUUAGGUCCUGUUUUUUUUCCUUCAAAUGAAAAAACAGACUGACAUUUAGAUCCUCAACUAUUCUGGCAAUAGGAAUGCAAAGAUUAUUUUUUGCUAUGCAGUGAUCAGCUGAAUGUCUUGAAAAAAUAUUUUCAUAACAAGAUUGGUGCAUAGUACAAACCAUAUCACUUAAAGAAGAAUAUUAAUGCAUCUAUGGAAGUUAAGGCAAGUUAUGAGUGAUUUAAAGAAGUGUCAAAUCAGGGACUAAAACCAGAUGAGAUACACUGGCACAAAAGGGCUAAGCUACAAGAUUGGGGCUACAAAAGUUGUUCUGGCACAACUGAGGAAAAUUAAGGCAGCAGCAGAAGUGAUGAUAAUGUGCAAAUUAAAAUGUUUUGGGGGCUCUUUGAACACUGGCUCAUUUAAUAGGUCUAGGAUAAGCUUCAGACAAAGACAGGAUCCUUUACAGCCUACAAAGGGGAAGACAGAUCCUGAUACUUUGAGUGCGGCAGAAAUUGGACUGAUGUGGACGGUGUGUAGCAUAAGUAAAUAGGUACUAGAUGUAAGUGAUCUUCAUCAGUUAAUCUCAUCAAACAGAUAAGACUGGUAUCAAAACAUGUAUCUGAAUUGGGUUGCUUAUUCUGGUCCCUAAGGCAUCAUCUGUCUGCUUCAGUUGAAAACCCCAGUCCUUGGAAAGUAUGGAUUGCUGCUCUACUUGUGUCCCUGUCUGAUGCUGAGCACAACAGACUGGCUCUGAGCUGAGCUGCAAUACCAAAAUAGCUGCUGAAUUUACCUUGCUCUGUGGUAUCAAGUAGAGUGUAAAGAAGGCUGUGGCUCCCCUGCCUUCUUCAGGAGCAGCAGGACCACUGGUCUUUUCUGCUGCCUUGGUCUUUGCAGCCUGCAAAAUGUUGAAUUCCCAGCUGUAGAAAUAAAGAAUUAUCACUUGUGUGGUUUUAUUAUUGCUCUCUAUGAAAAGAAACAAGUGGCAAGAUUUAAAUAUGCAUUUGUUGUUUAUAGAUCUUGCCUUGACAUUCAGAAGCAGAUGGCUGUAUACCACAGUCGAGUCAACAGUUUAACUUUUUUGGGGUUUUGGUGUGUGUUGAAGGUAAUUUUUUGCACAAUAUGGGCUUUUAUUUUUUUGAAGAUUGUCUCAGAGGAGCAAGAAUAACUUCAACCAGUACUACUUGGCUUUGUUUGAUGUUUGUAUUUUGAGAGACAAAUACAAAAAAGAAUGAGAGAGCACAGUAAAAUUACAAAACGAGAACUGUGUUGGAAAGCAAAUUAUUUUAAAAUUAGUUUGUAGUUUCAGCAUUACAAAUGAAAUUCGUAUCUUAUGGAAUAUUGACAUAAAACAACCAACCAAAAAUGCCCAUAAACUCAAGUUCUGUUUCCUUAGUGAGGGAUUUUCAAUAAAAACAUUCCCAAGGAUUGGAUAGAAAUGUCUACCCUUGCAUUUACUGUUGCAAAUUCCAAUUCAGGCAAUGGUGGUGGUAAUUGGAAAUAAUGUAAUUGUUCCUUUCUGGCACGAGUGACUUUAGCAAACAAUCUAUAUAUAGUUUGUUCUGGACAAGCUGUUAAGAUACAUAACUUUAAGAUAUUUGGCAAAAUCUGAGGUCUCUGACAGACAGCAGAUUAAGGAACAUGAAGUUUUUCCACCAGGACUGACACAUGGUGAGUCUUUCUGUGUGAAGCAGCUUUUACUUGAGUGGGGGGGUGGGUUUUUUUUGGUCUAAUUUUCAAUAAUUUAAAACUGUUAAAUUUUGUACCUUCUGGAAAAACAAUUGAAGCCAUAUAAGUAAAUUCAUUUAAAUUUCA